UUUUUCAUAAUUUGACCUUAUCUCAGGGAGUUGGUCGUAAUUUACCCUAUAUUUUUUUAAAUUUAGACAAACAGCUUGUUAACACUCAUAGCAUAGUCCCACCAUCUUCUCAAACUUGUAUAAGUAUCAAGAAUCCUCUUUCUUUUCUUUUCUGCCUAAGAGGAAACAAAGAAAACAGAAAAAAGAAAAUGGGAGCUCUUGACUAUUUCUCAAACUUUUGCACUGUCACCAGCACAAGGGGCAAAAGGAAACCAAUGCAGACGGUUGAGAUCAAAGUAAAAAUGGACUGUGAUGGAUGUGAGAGAAGAGUCAAGAAUGCUUGCAAAAACAUGAAAGGGGUGAGAAGUGUGGAUGUAAACAGAAAGCAACACAGAGUGACGGUGAGUGGAUUUGUGGAUCCAAACAAGGUGCUAAAGAGAGUGAAGAACACUGGGAAAACAAGAGCUGAAUUCUGGCCUUAUAUACCUUACAACCUCGUACAGUAUCCAUACGCUUCUCAAGCAUACGACAAACGGGCCCCGUCCGGUUUCGUAAGAAACGUCGCUCAGGCGAAUUUCCCGUUAAUGCCGAAUGCAGCCGAGGAAGAGAGAAUCACUCACCUAUUCAGUGAUGAUAACCCUAAUGCCUGCUCUAUUAUGUGAUUUUUUUUAUUUAUUUAAUCUCAUAUUAAACUUUGAUGUUUAAUUACUAUUUUAUA